UAUUGCAUUUUUAUAAUGGCUGCAAUAGGAAUAGAUCUUGGUACAACAAAUUCAUGCGUGGCAGUUUACAGGAAGGAUCAGGUUGAAAUCAUUGAAAACAACGAAGGAAAUCGAAUUACUCCCUCGUUUGUCUCAUUUACUGAAGAUGAUGAAAGACUUGUUGGUGAUGCAGCAAAACAAGAAGCGUCUACUAAUUUUGAAAAUACAUUGUUCCAAAUGAAGAGAUUGAUUGGGAGAACUUACGACGACCCAAUUGUGCAAGAAGAUUCGAAGUUGUUGCCAUUUAACGUCAUUGACGAUAGCAACAAACCAAAAAUAGAAGUUAGAUUAAAGGAUGGAGAAACAAAAGUAGAAUUCAAAAGAGAAAUAUUAAGUCCUGAGGAUGUAUCCGCGAUGGUUCUUGAGUCAUUGAAGAAAGCAGCUGAGAUUAAACUCAAACCCAAAAUAGUUACAGAUGCUGUAAUUACAGUUCCUGCUUACUUCAACGAUUCGCAACGCAAAGCGACAUUACUCGCUGGAAAAAUAGCCGGGCUCAACGUUCUACGAAUGAUAAAUGAGCCCACCGCUGCAGCAAUUGCAUAUAAUUUGAAUAGAGAGGGAACAGAAAAGCAGGAUGUACUUAUUUUCGAUCUUGGAGGCGGUACAUUUGAUGUCUCAAUUGUAAAAAUUAAUAACGGCAAAAUUGACGUCCAGGCCGUAGGAGGGGAUGCACAUUUGGGAGGAGACGACUUUGACAAUCACAUGAUCGAACAUUUUGUCGCCGAAUUUAACAGUAAAAACAACUGUGACAUGUCCCAAAACAAAAUUGCAAAACAAAAGUUACGGCGUCAGUGCGAAAUGGCUAAAAGAAUGCUAUCAUCGAAAACGUCGACUAGAUUAAAUGUGGAUGCAUUGCACGAUAAAAUCGACUUUCAUAGCAGAAUAAAUCGAGCAACAUUUGAGGAGUUGAACAAAGAUUUAUUUUUGAAAAUCACAGAGAUUAUAAACUCAACACUUUCUGAUGCAAAGAUAAAAAAAAAAGAUAUUGACCACGUUGUGCUGAUCGGUGGAUCAACUCGAAUUCCAAAAAUCCGGGGGAUUAUUAAGAAUUUGUUUGCAGAAAGCAAAAUAGAUAUGAGUAUAAACCCAGACGAGGCUGUUGCUUAUGGUGCAGCUGCUUUAGCGGCAAAAAUAUCUCCAAAUAUAUCUUUCGAGGCCAAUAAAUUUGUGCUGCAUGAUGUGGCGCCGCUAUCGCUUGGCUGGAAAGAUUAUCUUGAUAAGAUGGUCAACAUAGUUGAACGAAACACCACAAUACCAACCGAAAAAUGGAGUAGAGUCUUUACUGUUAAAGACGACCAAACAACUCUUUUGUUCAAGAUUUAUGAAGGAGAGAGGCCUUUUGCGAAAGACAACCACUUUCUUGGAAGUUUUGUACUCGAUGAAAUACCGGCAGCUUUGCUUUAG